AUGGCCAACACCACCGCUUCAGAGAAGAUCAACCCCUUCGCUCCUGCUCCUCCACCCCCAACGGCCUUGGGCCGCUACAGGGUCCUCUCACCGAAGGCGGGCGUGCGCGUCUCUCCGCUCUGCCUCGGCGCCAUGUCGAUCGGCGACCAGUGGGGCGAUUAUGGGUUCGGGGCUAUGGACAAGGAGUCGAGCUUCAAGCUCCUGGACGCGUACUUUGAGGCGGGCGGGAACUUCAUCGAUACUGCGAACAGCUACCAGCAGGAGACGAGCGAGAUGUUCAUCGGAGAGUGGAUGGAGAAGAGGGGCGUUAGGGACCAGAUGGUCAUCGCCACCAAGUAUUCUAUCCAGUACAAGAAGACCGAUCCCUCCGUGGCCAUCAAGAUCAACUACGGCGGGAACAACGUCAAGAGCAUGCAUGUUUCUGUCGAGGACAGUCUCAAGAAGCUGCGCACGAGCUACAUCGACAUCCUAUACGUGCACGUCUGGGAAUGGGGAACCGGCACCGAAGAAGUGAUGAACUCCCUUCACAACCUCGUAGCCUCCGGCAAAGUUCUCUACCUCGGCGUCUCCGACACGCCCGCCUGGAUCGUCUCCAUGUGCAACCAAUACGCGCACGACCACGGCAAGACGCCCUUCUCGAUCUACCAGGGCCGGUGGAACGUCCUCCUGCGCGACUUUGAGCGCGAGAUCUUGCCGAUGGCGCGGAACCAGGGGAUGGCGCUUGCGCCGUGGGACGUGUUGGUGAGCGGGAAGAUUAGGACGGAUCAGGAGGAGGAGGAGAGGAAGGCGAGUGGGGAGGGGGGACGGGCUGUGCUUGGGCAGGACUGGCUUAGGAAUGAGAAUGAGAAGAAGAUGUGUGCGGUGCUUGAGACGAUUGCCAAGGAGGUUGGGGCGAAUAGCAUUCGGGCUGUUGCCAUCGCGUACGUCAUGCAAAAGACGCCCUACGUCUUCCCCAUCAUCGGAGGCCGCAAGGUCGAGCAUCUUCGCUCGAACAUCGGCGCGCUUGAAGUCGCGCUUACACCCGAGCACAUCAAGACGAUCGAGAGCGUCGUACCAUUCGAUGUCGGGUUCCCGAACAACAUGGUGGGAGCGGACGACGACGAGCAAGACAACUGGUUCGUUAAGAUGGGCGGCCAGCCGGAUAGGUGGCCGCUCAGGCAGGCGAUUCGGCCGUCAAAGUCGGCCUGA